CCCAUUUUCCGAAUGUCCGUCAGUGGAUCUUGCUAGUAAGACGGCCGACAACUGGGUUCUUGACCAAAUGGGAGAUAAUUCAUUAUUAAUGUCCGCAUAGACUUCUAACGAUUUGGUUAACGGCUCAAUCAAGGGUGUGCGCUAAAAUGUGAGGUUGUGGAUGUGUGAAGAAGACUAAACAAUGGCCCAGUUUUCCUCAACAUUCACAGGUCCAGAUGUGUUCUUAAUCUCUGUGGAUGAAAGAGUCAAACAUGAUCAACAGUUUCACAGUCUGUCUCCCUCUGCUGGCGGUUACAUCACAGGUGACCAGGCAAGGAAUUUCUUUCUUCAGUCUGGACUUCCUCCGCCUGUUCUGGCCCAAAUAUGGGCUCUGGCCGACAUGAACAGUGAUGGAAAAAUGGACAUCCAUGAGUUUUCUAUCGCAAUGAAGCUGAUCAAGCUGAUGCUACAGGGCCAUCCUCUUCCUCCCUCACUGCCUCCCUGCAUGACACAACUUUCCGUGUCUCACCCGUCUGGUUUUGGUCUACCCCCCUUCCCUGCCAUGGCUGCUCCUCUGUCAGUACCGCCACUUCCAGUUGUUCCGCCUCUUCCUCCACUCCCUGUUGGUGUUUCUCCACCAGUACCUCCGCCAUCAAUGGCCAAUGGUGCGCCACCAACUGGUAUUAUCCCACCAAUCCCAGCCUUUUCCCACACAGCUUCAACGGUAAACAAGCCCUCAUCUCUUAAUCGAUCAAGUGUCAAGUUACAAAGGAACCCGUCCUUUGACGCUGUCAGUGGUGCUUCUACAGCACCAACUCAGGUAGACUGGGCUGUCCCACAGUCGUCUCGGCUUAAGUACAGACAGCUGUUCAACUCCCAUGAUAAAAUGAUGAGUGGACACCUCACAGGUCCUCAGGCUCGGACUAUCCUGAUGCAGUCUAGUCUUCCUCAGGGCCAGCUCGCCUCCAUCUGGAGUUUGUCAGACAUUGACCAGGAUGGGAAACUGACAGCUGAAGAAUUCAUCCUGGCCAUGCAUCUCAUUGAUAUGGCCAUGUCAGGUCUACCUCUCCCUGCGGUGUUGCCUGCAGAGUACCUCCCACCCACCUUCCGACGAGUGCGCAGUGACAGUGUCCAGUCAGACACGAAGAAUGUCCAAGAGGAAGCAGAGGAAGAAUCAGACCACAGCCAGGAAAAAAAGCUUCCUGUGACUUUUGAGGACAAGAAGAGGGAAAACUUCGAACGGGGAAAUCUGGAACUAGAAAAGAGACGGCAAGCACUGCAAGAGCAGCAAAGGAAGGAGCAGGAACGGCUGGCAAAUAUAGAGAGGGAGGAGCAGGAGAGGAAGGAGCGUGAACGCUUGGAGCAGGAGAGGAGGCGUCAGCAGGAACUGGAGAAACAACUGGAGAAACAGCGAGAAUUGGAGAGACAAAGAGAAGAAGAGAGGCGCAAGGAGAUUGAAAAGAGGGAGGCUGCAAAGAGGGAGCUUGAGCGCCAGCGCCAGCUCGAGUGGGAGCGUCAGCGUCGUCAGGAGCUUCUGACCCAGCGGAACCGCGAGCAAGAGAAUAUUGUGCUGCUUAAGGCCAGGAAGAAGACACUAGAGUUUGAGCUGGAGGCGUUGAAUGACAAGAAGUGUCAGCUGGAGGGAAAACUGACGGAUGUUCGAUUCCGCCUGUCAUCGCAGCAACGGGAGGUUGAACAAAGCAAUCAGACCAAAGAAGCUCGGCUUGCAGAGAUAAGGCUGUUACAGCAGCAGCUGCAGGACUCUCAGCAGUGGUUAGGACGUUUAAUUCCUGAUAAACAAAAUUUGAAUGAUCAACUUAAGCAAGUUCAACAAAACAGUCUAAACUGCGACAGUCUGUCAUCCCUCCAGAAAGCAGUAGAGCUGAAGGAGAGCAGCAGACAGAACCUCAAAGAUCAAUUGGACUCGGUGGAGAAAGAAACUCGAGCCAAACUGCUGGAGAUUGACGCUUUCAACACCCAGCUGAAGGAGCUACGGGAAAUCCACAGUAGGCAGCAGAGACAAAAGCUGAAAGAGUUGGAGAGUGAUGCACGCUCUCAAGGUUACUCGCAGCCUUCAGGGAAGUCUGUUGAACAGCCAGAAGCCAGGUUGUCAUCCAAGGAUGGUCAAUCCUUGAGGGACGAUGGCAUUGGCUGUGUGUCAGGCUCUGCUCCACAUGCCUGGCUACAGCGGGUAACUCAGGAGGAGGAGGAGCGUAAGAGGAAGCUGAUGAAGGAAGAAGAGGGGGAUCACAAUGCUUCAGGAAUGGCGGAUGACCAACAGAGCAAAGGCAAAAAGGACAUGCAGGAAAAGUUGAACAAGCUCUUCUGUCAGUCGGCCGAACCUUGGGCCACCCCAGACAAGGCUCCACCUUUUUCUUCCACUGCCUCUUACAUUGGCUUCGACCCCAAACUCCCCUGUGGCUCUGAUCAGAUGAAAAUGGUCUACUAUCGAGCUUUAUACCCCUUUGAUGCCCGCAGCCAUGAUGAGAUCAGUAUCACUCCUGGAGAUGUAAUCAUGGUCAAAGGUGAAUGGGUAGACGAAUCACAAACUGGAGAGCCAGGUUGGUUGGGAGGAGAGUUGCGCGGUCAGACUGGCUGGUUUCCUGCGAAUUAUGCCGAGCGGAUCCCAGAGUGCGAAGCCCCAAUCAGCUUACGUGCAACUUCGUCUAGCACGCCCACCGCAGCCCAGCCAAAUAACACGCCGCCCCCAGCACCUGGGAAUACAACUGCCGCCUCUGCAAAUGCCAACUGGGCUGACUUCAGCUCCACCUGGCCCUCAAACCCAAGCAGUCAAUCAGACUGUGAGGGUUGGGAUGCCUGGCCUACCUCUUCCAGCCAGAAUCCAUCCCUAAGUGUACCCUCAGCACAGUUACGCCAGCGUUCCGCUUUCACACCUGCAACUAUGACAACCGGGUCCUCGCCUUCCCCAGUCAUGGGACAGGGGGAGAAGGUGGAGGGACUGCAAGCUCAGGCUCUGUAUCCAUGGAGGGCGAAGAAAGAAAACCAUUUGAACUUCAAUAAGAAUGAGAUCAUCACAGUGCUUGAGCAGCAAGACAUGUGGUGGCUUGGAGAACUACAGAGUGGACAAAGAGGCUGGUUCCCCAAAAGUUAUGUCAAGCUCCUUGCAGCAGCUGUGGGGGCUCCCACCAUGGCAACACCAACAUUGACUGCACCUGCAACAAUCACCCCCAAUGUGGCUUCAUCACACAAAAAGAACACAUGUGACGGUGCUGUUCUCGAGAGUUCGCCAAAUGGAAAACGACCAUCUACAUCGCCUGCAAAAGCGUCAGAGUCCGUAGAAGAGUUUGUGGCGAUGUACACGUAUGAGAGUAGCGAGCAGGGAGACCUGAGUUUUCAACAGGGAGAUGUUGUAAUGGUGAAUAGGAAAGAAGGAGACUGGUGGACUGGAACAGUUGGGGGAAAGACUGGUGUGUUCCCUUCAAACUAUGUGAAACCACGCGACUCAACUACAGAGGCUUUUGGAGGAGGAGGCGGAGGAAAGACCAGUAGUCUUGGAAAAAAGCCAGAAAUCGCCCAGGUGAUUGCCCCCUACAGUGCUACUGGUGCUGAGCAGCUGACAUUGGCGCCUGGACAGUUGAUCCUCAUCAGGAAGAAAAACCCAGGUGGCUGGUGGGAGGGGGAACUGCAGGCUCGUGGUAAGAAACGUCAGAUUGGUUGGUUUCCUGCCAAUUAUGUGAAGCUGCUGAGUCCCAGCACCACUAAGACCACGCCCACAGAACCCACCCCCCCUAAACUGGCUACUUCCAGUACAGGUACAUUUACCUGCAUUGAAUGCACUCACCAUUUUACUUCCGUUUCACGCAUCUUUAUAUGUCUUGCAGUUAUGUGUCAGGUGAUCGGCAUGUAUGAUUACGUGGCCCAGAAUGAUGAUGAGUUGGCGUUCCAGAAAGGUCAAGUUAUCACUGUCCUGAACAAGGAUGACUGUGAUUGGUGGAAGGGAGAGCUUAACGGGAGGGAGGGGUUGUUUCCCAGCAACUAUGUCAAGCUCACCACGGAUAUGGACCCUAGCACACAAUGGUGUGCUGACCUCCACCUCCUGGACAUGCUCAGUCCGAUCGAGAGGAAGCGCCAGGGCUACAUCCACGAGUUGAUCAUCACUGAGGAAAACUACGUCAAUGAUCUACAGCUGGUCACUGAGAUUUUUCACAAGCCUCUCCUUGAUGCUGAGUUCCUGACAGAAAAGGAAGUAGCCAUGAUCUUUGUCAACUGGAAGGAGCUUAUCAUGUGUAACAUCAAGCUGCUCAAGGCUCUCAGGGUUAGGAAGAAGAUGUCAGGUGAGCGGAUGCCCGUGAAGAUGAUUGGUGACAUUCUGACCAAUCAGCUUCCUCAUAUGCAGCCAUACAUCAGGUUCUGUUCCUGCCAGCUGAACGGUGCUACAUUGAUCCAACAGAAAACCGACGACAACCUGGAUAUUAAAGACUUCCUCAAGCGGUUGGCCAUGGAUCCUCGGUGUAAAGGAAUGCCACUAUCCAGUUUUCUUCUCAAACCCAUGCAGCGAGUGACCAGAUACCCUCUCAUCAUCAAGAAUAUUUUAGAAAACACUCCUGAAUCGCAUCCUGAUAACAGUCACCUGAAAGCUGCUUUGGAGAAAGCUGAGGAGUUAUGUUCACAGGUAAACGAGGGUGUACGGGAGAAGGAGAACUCUGAUCGAUUGGAAUGGAUCCAAGCCCAUGUGCAGUGUGAGGGACUGUCUGAGCAACUGGUCUUUAACUCGGUCACAAACUGUCUUGGUCCAAGAAAGUUUCUUCACAGUGGGAAACUGUUCAAGGCGAAAAGCAGCAAAGAACUUUUUGGUUUCCUAUUCAAUGAUUUCCUGCUAUUAACUCAGGUCACCAAACCGCUGGGCUCCUCUGGAUCUGACAAAGUUUUCUCUGCAAAGACUCACCUGCAGUACCGCAUGUACAAGACGCCCAUAUUUCUUAAUGAAGUUCUGGUGAAGUUGCCCACUGACCCAUCGGGAGACGAGCCGCUGUUCCACAUCUCACACAUUGACCGAGUGUACACACUGAGAGCAGAGAGCAUCAACGAGAGGGCAGCAUGGGUCCAGAAGAUAAAAGCAGCGUCAGAGCUUUUCAUUGAGACGGAGAAAAGGAAGAGAGAAAAAGCGUACUUGGUCCGCUCUCAAAGAGCUACAGGCAUCGGCCGUCUGAUGGUCAACAUUGUUGAGGGUAUCGAACUGAAACCCUGCCGUUCUCACGGGAAGAGUAACCCAUACUGUGAGGUCACCAUGGGCACUCAGUGCCACAUCACAAAAACCCUGCAAGACACUUUGAACCCGAAGUGGAACUCCAACUGUCAGUUCUUUAUCAAGGAUUUGGAGCAAGACGUCCUGUGUGUCACCGUUUUUGAGCGAGACCAGUUUUCUCCAGACGACUUUCUGGGCAGAACCGAAAUUCGAUUGGCAGAGAUAAAGAAGGACCAGGGCUCUAAAGGACCGAUCACCAAGAGGCUGCUGCUCCAUGAAGUCCCAACAGGAGAAAUUGUCGUCAGACUGGAUCUGCAACUGUUUGAAGAACCCUGACAUAGGGUCCAGAUUAGAUGAGACCGUUAUAGGCUGCAUUUUACUGUGCAACACUGAACUUCCGUAAACUGGACCCGAGUACUCCUCAGCUGUAGACCAUGAUAUAAACAACCUAAACCAGGACUUACCAGACUUGUCGGGACCAGACUAGUCCUCCUGUGACAAUGCCAGUUUUCUCCCAAAUCCCAAGUAGGCAUGUGUGUCUAUGGUUUCCUGUUUGUUUGUGUGCGUGUGUGAACAUUGUUGUGCGGACAUAUUGCUUUGUGAAGACAUUUUGGCAGGUCCUCAUACAGGUACGGGUGGGGUUUUAAUUGCAAAAUAACAGGGUUAAUCAAUUUGGGCAUAAGUUUAGUUUAGAUACCUGGUCAAGGAUGACUAUGUUUAAGGUGAGAAGCUGGGGGAAGCAUAAUGUCAAUGAGUGGUCCUCACAGACACAGAGAUACAAAAGUGUGUGUGUGUGGGCAUGUUUUGCCAUACUUGUGAGCCACCUUCUUGUGAGGACAUUUUGCUUUGUGGGGACAUUUUGGCCUGUCCUCACAAGGUUUAGACGGUUAAACCCAGUAAAAGUAGUUUCUUAUAACUGGGCCCAAGUUUGUUUCAGAAUCCUGGUUAAGGUUAGCCAUUUGUUUUGGAUGGUUAAGUUAAGGGUCAGAGGCUGGGCAAUGCAUUACGUCAAUGAGUGGUCCUCACAAAAAGAGCUGUGUGUGCGUGUGUGUUUUGACUGGCUAGUUUGUUUGGUCAUUCAUCCUCAAAAAGUAUCACAGAAGAGAGUGAAUUUGUGGCACUGGAGCAACGAACCUGAAUGUUUUUUUUUUCCAUGUUUUGUUCUUUGUUGGUAAAUACACAUGGUUGCGAGAUCUGCGCUACACCAUAGCGGAGGUGCAAGAGCAUACAUUUAUGUCAGUGCUGCAUCGACACUUGGGACCUUGAUAACAAAACUGAUGUUCUUCACCAUUACCAUAGUGACCAGCCACUGUCUAAUGAGGUGUACCUGUAUGUAGAACUGCUGAUGAUUUGCCCCGUCCUGCUCUCCUGUCUGAUGUCUAGAGAACGGAUUAUAAUGAAGUUGGUCUUAAUCACCUGAUAGAAAGUGUAAGUUGUUGUUACGGUGUUUGAAUAAAGUUAAGCUAGGCCAAGAAAGACAAACACACACAAACAUACUGAAUAAUGACUGUACAUUGAUCGCUUGUCGUUGGUUCAACUCUGUUUUACUUUUUAUGCUCAACGUCUCUGUAAAUAUUUGUUCGUUUGGAUUGACAAACGUUCUAAAAUUUGACGUUAUAAAACAAAAUGCAAUGCAAUCACUGGAAUAAUCAACAUUAAUGUGUCUAUUCUGACAUAAAGAUGUAGUCCAUCUAUUCAACUUACUUCACUUACUUUAUCACAACUUAAGAGCAGAUGUAAUCGCCGUUUCACAGCCAUAGUGUAGAGUGCUUUUUAACAACCAAUAUUAUUGAGGACAAUCUAAAAACAUCCAAAUGAAACAUAUCAAAACUCCAGCUGAAGGGGGUUGCAUGAACAACGUGUUUCCCUGUCUGAGGCUGCGGGUCCGAUGAGCUGCUCGACUGUCCCAUAAAGCGCCGUAGGUAUUUGCAGGUAUUUGCACCUCAAGCUUGUCAAAGAAUGAAACAUUGUCGUUUUCACUGUAAUCGUUGGUCUCUAAUAUCCCGUUUUAAUGUGACUGUGACUGCAUCUGUGGCCAAGACGCAAGCAAUGCAGCUGCACCCCCUAACCAAGACAGGCAGGAGAUGAUGAUGAUGAUGAGAGUCACCUCUUGAACCAGCACUCAGUCUUUCUGGCCAAGGGGCUUUUCAUGCCAGGAACGUCUGAGUGAGAGAUUCCCCCUUGAGAAUGAGGAGUCAGCAGGUGAGCCAAUCUCUUUGCUAACACAACCUUUUUCUGUUUGUAAAUGUAUUUUAUUAAUUCCCUGAUUAGUUGCACUGUGGUUUUACAAAUGGCUACCUGGUUUGGCAAGACGACUGUGACCUAUAAGGCCAUAUGAAGUUCUUAUGGUGACUGUCUAACUGUGGAUGCAACUGCGACAGGUCUACUGUGAGCAAACGUGGGCUCUUGAGAAUGCGGAUUGGCUGGCUGUAUAAAUGGCAACAGAUUUCCCCUAAAACCUAGAAAACGACUACAGACGACUGUCACUAUGGUGACGAAGUAGCUCGCACUGUCAAAGUACCUUCUGAGCUGUCAUAGAGCUGUUAGAACUGCACAUGCUACCAGAAGGCGUGGGUGAGUCGGAUGAGCCCAUUCUAGCUAAGGUGGAACAGGAAUGGACGGAUAUCCUUUUACAGUGCUUCAGUACAGUUUUAUUGCAGUAUUUAAAGCAAGGUCCAGAUUGAGAACUUGCAACAACCAUGCUCGCUUCCGUGGGCCGCUGGUUAGAGACCCAUUCUAUAGAUUUUAUCUCAGGCGAUACCUUAGUUGGUAAAACAACAAAAAAUAAUACUAUUGACAUAUAUUCAUAUAUUCAAACUAAUGGGGCAAACUAGUCCCAUAGGCUUUUUAAAUUGCUCGAUAAUUUCUGGUAUAUGCCGAUCUAUAUUUUGAAUGUUGGGCUAUCUAAAAUAAUAAACAAUUGAAUUGUUUUACAUAGGCAGUCAAAAU